ACAUAUAUAUACACAUGCACACGUCCAUACAUAUAAGGUGCAUUAUCCAUGUGGCGGUGACUGUGGUUGUCCACGUGACUCAUGACAUCAUGAUCGAGGAGACUAACUGCUGCUGACUGAUCUGUGAGGGCGUUUAGGUCUCUGAGCUGCUCAGCACACUCACACACUCAUGCAGAGGGUGGUGUGGGUUGUUCAUGAUGGAUGUCAGCUUUACUAACAUCCUCCUGUCGCCCACCACCUCCACAGACUCCAGAGGACAUCCCAGCACAGAGCUAGACCUCCGCACCAGUUUGUCAACCCUGCUCCUGUCCGUGGAUCUGCUCCCCCAGCAGGUCACUGCGCAGAGAGAGGCGGGCGCUAGCCCGUAUUAGUCUUUUUUAUGAGUUCGCCCUCCUUAAGAGCAGUGACCUUGGGGGCCUUUGUUCCCUUAUUUCUAUUUUUUUCGUGUUGCACUCCGGUUGCCUAGGCCGGGGUGUAACAGUGUCAUAGAAGAAAACAGACUGGAUGUAAAAGAUGGCGAUAUCUCCUGCUUCCUGCUCCAGUCACUCACUUCCGUUCUCAGUGUUUUACCUGUUAGACCAGUGGUCAGGAACUCCAGGCCGCAGCCUGGUUUUAGAGUUUUCAGCUGAUUUAAAAGGCUAAAUUAAAAAGUUCUGCAGAGGCAUGGUGAUGAGCUCAUGUGACUCAGGUGUGCUGACCCAGGGUGAUACCUGAAACCUUCCCCGCCUCUGUUUCAGUCUUAUUCCAGACGUUAUCUGAAUAUUUCAGCAUCACUUCCUGUCCACCUCCGUGAUAUGUCACAGAGCCGGUUUUAGGCUGAAAAAGGUCCCACGUGACCACAAACCGCGCUCAGCAGUAAGGUGUGAAGGAAAGAUGAGUCUGCUGCGGGCGCGCGCAUCACAGUCUCGUGCUUCGUCUUUAAUGAGAACUCGAACCUCCUGGCUGUAAAACGAGCCCUUGUUGCCAUGGACCCAGCGCAGGUGUGCGCUGGCACCUGACGUUUCCCGCGGUCCCCCCUCCUCCCGGAGGUGGAGGCGGGGGCGUUGUGGUGGUGGCCUCCUCCCCCGGCUCCUCCUCCUCCAUCAUGCCGGGCAGACAGAAGCAGCUCCUCUUCUCCGUGUGCGGGCUCCUCGGCCUCUCCUGUGCGCUCACGGCCGCGGUGGCCACCGGCCUGCCACUCUGGCUCCGCGGGGCCGUGCUGUGCCGCACCGGGGCCGAGCUCGUCAACGCCACCGGGGCCGAGCUGGACAAGUUCGUGGGCGAGCUGAGCUACGGGCUGUUCCACGGACAGCGCGUGAAGCAGUGCGGGCUGGGGGGCCGCGCGGCGCGCUUCUCCUUCUUUCCUGACCUCCUGAGUGCCAUCCCCACGGGCCUCCACGUCACCGUCAUCUUCUUCUGUGGUGUUGUGACACUCUUCUCCUCCGUGGCCACUGGCUUCUUCUUCUUCAAUGCCUUCGGCAGACCCUACGAGACGCUGCAAGGCCCCGUGGGACUUUACCUGUGGACCUUCAUCACCUGUGUCGGCAGCUGCCUCGUCAUGGUCCUGUUUGUGUCGGAGGUAAAGCUCAGUCGUCUGUCCGAGCGGAUCGCCAACUUCAAUGAGGGGAAUUUCAUCUUCCAGACGUACACCGAGCGCUACGACCGAUGCUUCUGGCUCUUCUUCCUCAUCUUCCUCCUUCAGGGACUGAACGCCCUGUUGGUCCGACUGGCGGGAAUCCAGUUUCCCUUUCAACAAAACAAAGAGGUGGAGCUGAGCGGCGGGGCGGCCGACCUCAUGUACUGAGAGGAGAGGAGCACGGCUCAGCGGGAAAAUGGCCUGAAUGCCAGACUUCAUCAGCCGCCACUUCCUGUCGCCGCAGCUCUGUCAGACAGCUUUCCUUCACAGUCUGUUCCACACUGAAGAAGCCGAACCCUCGCUCUUCACCAGCGUGAGGGCGUUUCCCUCAGUAACAGCGACGAUCGUGACUCUGACGCUGAAACUACGAACAGUUCAUAGAUUUGAAAUGUUACUCUGUGGUAGAUGACGCCGUCGAGCUCCUCUGUGUCUUCGUUUCUUUGCAGAUCUGUGAUGUUUAGGUCCUCGCUGGCUCACUCGUCCUUUAGCUUCUUGUGUUUCACCGAUCACGAUGACCACGCAUCCGGCGCCGAGCCCGUCCUGAUCCGAGCUCUUUGGUUCUGAGGACAGGCGAUGCCUCGGCUCUGCCGUGUUGCUGUGUGGGAAAGCAAACGUGAUCGCUGAACGCAGAGGAAGGUUUUGGACAGUGAAUCAUUGACAAAGUGUGUUUCUGUGCAAACCAUCACGAGCUAAAUGUGCCUGUUAGGAAAAUAAAACUGUAUCUGAGCGUC